AUGCAUACCGUACUCAUCGUGGGUGGCCACGGAAAAGUGGCCCUCGAGAUCACCAAGAUCCUAGUCGCGGAGAAUGAGCCAGCCUACUCCGUCCACAGCCUAAUCCGCAACCCAGACCAGUCGGGCGAGCUCGAGAAGCUCGGCACGCAGCCCAUCGUCCAGGACGUCGAGAAGGCCACAGUCCCCGAGCUCCUCGGCACACUGAGCCGCGUGAAACCAGAUGUCGUCGUCUGGGCCGCGGGGGCCGGCUACGGCGCCACCCCGGACCGCAUCGAUGCCGUCGACCACCAGGCGGCCGUCAAGGUCAUGGACGCGCUGGGGAUCGCAUCGCAGGCCGGGGAUGCGGGCAAGAGGCUCAUCAGCAUCAGUGCGUUGGAUCUGCGUGAUCGGGAGAACAAGCCUGUGCCGGACUGGUAUGACGACAAUGACAAGAAGCAGAGUGAUGGGGUCUGGAAGGCCAUUGGCAACUUCAUGAAGGCCAAAUUUGAAGCAGACAAGGAUCUGAGGACAGGGAAUGAGAAGCGGGGGCUCAAAUACACCAUGGUGAGGCCGGGAGGGUUGAGCAACGAUCCUGGCGAUGGCUUUGUCAGUGCCGGGAAGGUACACUUGGGCAGGAUGGUGAAGAGGCAAGAUGUCGCCAAGGUUGUUGUUGAGUCCAUCAAGAACGACGAUACCAUCGGGCUUGCCUUCGAUGUUGUUGGAGGGGAAGACAUCAUUGCCGAGGCUGUGAAGGAAGUCGGAAAGGGGAGGAUCGAUACCUUCGAGGGCUUCUACUAG